AAAUGAAUUAAUAAUAUAUUGGAGUGUUGUACACCCUUUUGGGUUAAAACAGCCGCUUCGACGACCACAUUCCAAAUGAAUUAAUUUACCAGGACAGAACCCUUGAGAUACGCAUCUCAAUCACAAGGGGGUGCUAGAGAGAGCGGCAAGAAAUAACAUUAUACAAAUCAAUGGCAAAAAAGACCAGCGGAGUUCUGAAAGAGGUGCAAAUAAAACACAGACACAAACUGAAUGAAAAGUUCGCUACCUGCUCGGAACUCUGUUAAGAUGAACUCCACUUUGCCGCUUUGUUUGAUGCCGAUAAUCAUAGUCUUGCUUGUUGUGUCUCUUUCAAUUGCGAGUGCCUGUCGAUCUGAGGAAUACGAAUUAAAUGGCCAGUGUUGCAGCGUGUGCGAAGCAGGCAGUCAUGUUUCACAACAUUGCACAGCACUGCAGGAGACAGAAUGCACUCACUGUUCAAAUGGCACAUACAUAGAUCGCCCCAGUUGGUUAACAGAGUGCCGAACAUGUAAAGUAUGUGAUUCUGUCUUGGGCCUGUUUGUUCGUCACCAGUGUAGCCGUGUGAAGAACACUGUCUGCAGCUGUUUGAAAGAGUUCUUCUGCCUAGAUGGAGACGGGGAAAACUGUCGUCUGUGUAGGAAACGCAGAGUCUGCCAACCAGGACAGCGCGUUAAGAUGCAAGGAACUGAAAACUCUGACACAGUUUGUGAAGACUGCCCCAAAGGGACUUUUUCAAUUCAAGAAAUGUCCUUGUCCUGCACACCCUGGACUGUGUAAAGUGCUAGUAUUCAUCAGUAAGGCCUCGACAUCACAGGUCUAUUGAACUGUAUAUGAAAAAUUGUAAGUCAGGUGAUAAAAAUGGAAACUCAACAACGGAUGUUGUGUGCGAGGAAGAAGCUACAACGCCAUGGAUUACCAUUGCUGUAGCUGGAGGAGGAGCCCUUCUGCUGUUAGGACUCCUCAUUGGAAUUAUGCUUACAAUGAAAAUAACAAAGCUGUUGCAGCUUAAAUGCUGUGCAAAUCAUUUACCAGGCGAUCACGGUGAUCCAAAAGGUGACGCAGAACUGCAAAAGUUUACGGAGAAUAAAAACUAGCGCUCGUCUUUACAGAUGAUUUUCACUUAUUAUUGAGCAUUUGAUGGAAAGAAAAUGUGUAGGAUCUAUGUUUUUAUGCUUAUGUUAGAUUAUUUUGUCAUAAUUUAUUUAAAAAGUGGUAAUUUAAAAUGCAUUCGAUGGCUACUGUGUCGGUGAUUUUAAAACCUGUAUCACGUGAUGAGAAACUUCACUUUGAUUUCAACAAUGUACAUUUUAAAAUGAUGACGAUGCAAUUUUACCCGAAUGGUUACAAUAUGCCUGGAUGGCAGCUCUGAAAACGGCAUCUGCCAAAGAAGACACAUGGUGAUGCCAGGGAGUUUGUGUAGUUAUGGAUGUAUAACACAUUGACAGUGCUGUGGUGUGCAGUCCGAAUUCAAAUACAACAGAGUUUGGUAGAACAAGAAAAAACACACUUCCUUGGUUUUAUCCCUCCAGACCUCCAGAUGGUGAUCAUAUGAUUAGGAAGUGGGUAGUGCUUCAAUUCAACUGGCAUUGUAUCCGUGAGGUAGCGCAAAUUAGUUCCUAUGCGCGUUUGGGGGCGGUUCAUUAGAUCCGGAUCGUGGAGAUGAUCAGGGGGUGUAUCUCCCUAGGUUAGUGUGUUACUGUACAGGGCAGGACAGGCCAGAUUCGUGUCGGGGGAGGGUUGAAGUCUAGUAGUAGCGAGGGUGUAGGAGGGUGAAAUGUUCAGUGUGCAGCUGAAAUUAACAUCCUGUUGUGACCGCGACUGGGCUUGUGUUUAGCCGAGUCUUCAGUGGAGAGAAGAUAGGUCGGACCACACUGAGGAUCUGAUUGUUUUCGUAAGCAUUUUUCAGAUUAUAUUGGUUGAGAAUUUUUUAAAAUAUUUUUAUAACGUACAGAAUUUAGAAAACACAAGACAGCCGUGCUGGAUGAAACCAAAGUGCACAAGAAAGGGUCCAAUAAAACUGGACUUCUAUCACAAUGAACUGUCUGGCACGCUAUUAUUAGAAGAACGACGGAGAUGUAAGAAUUGAAAGGAACCGACUUUUAUUAAAGUGAAGAUAAGUUGGGGAAAGUAAAAAUAACUGGAUGAAAUAUUAAAGGGGUGUUGUUCAUAUGCGAGAGGGCGACACGAAAGUAGUGCGAUUUAAACAAGGGUGCAACAAAUGGGUCGGAGCAGGCUUGAGAUGGCUAAACAAAAUAGCGAAGCGAAAAAGCGGAAGGAAAUGAAAGAAAUUACUUUUAAGUUACUUAAGUUAUAGAAUAAUUAGAAUAUGAAACUGUCUAACGGCGAAGAUAAUAAAUAGAGACACGAGGCUUUGGGAAAAACAACUUGACAAACCAAAACAAUGCUUUAAAUAAUGUUUCGAAAAAAUAUCUGGACAAGAAAUAUUUCACCAACACACUCAAAGAUGCGUAAAAUAAGUCUGAAAAGCACAUAGUGGAUUUUGACACACUUGUGUUGUUGUCACCUGAUCGUACCUACCUGCCUGCGUCUCUGUCAUACAACAUUAUAAUUAGUAUCUUCUGUUAUGUAACCCGUGCCUACACAACCUCUCGGGGAAAUUAAUAAAACCAGACAAAAAGAAAAGAAGAAAAUAAAACAGGAAUUGGUUUUAGUUUUUUUCAACAUGGGGAGAAAGAAGAAAACCCUGCAUGACUACGCGGCGGAGUUCCACGACCUGGCAGUGAAGAGACACGUCGUGGAACAGCACGACUCCGGGGAAAGGACACGAGUGGAAAUACUGUACUGCAAAUCCUGCGAAGUACCGGUGAGGGUCCGCAGAGACCGGAUACUCGAGCACCUGGCGUCGGCCAGACAUUACCGAAACAGGAGGCUAAUCAAGCAGCAGUGGGAUAGAAAGCCCGUACUCGUAUCAGCACCGUCGGACCUCCAUUUACCCGUCAAACUUGGCUCGUCUUCCCUGACCUCUCAGCCUCCCCUCCUAACGGGCACUCCUGGCUGCUCCGUCUCCUCCUGCUCCAGCAGCCUCCCUCCCCCCUCUCUCCCACUCCUCUCCAGCAGCAAGAGCUCCACCUCUUCUGCAGCCACUUCUGAGGCCACACCCUCCACCUCAGACAACCAACCACAGAACUUCUCCAGUGGGCGUGUCAGGAGCCCGCCUCUCCCUGGCUGGGCGAGCAAUCCCUGGCUGGAGAGGACGACCAAUAGCAUUGGGGUGCGGGCGGGCGCAGGGGGAGGGGCUGGGCUGGGAGUUGGGGUGGGGCUGGCUCUCUUUGGGGUGAGCACUGGCAGCAGGGCACUGUGCCACAGUCUGGUUGUAGAGAACGGCUGCCAGCUCCUCUACAUAGUGGAGGAUCAGCGCUGGGAGUUGGAGGGCGUCUUCAGCCAGGAGCAUCUGACCCACACCAGGGUGCUGCGAUCCCUGGACACCGACAUCGUGCUCAGAGAUCAGUGUGUUUCGGGGGUGGUGGUUUGUUCCCCUCCAGAUGAAGCCUCAGUAAUAGUUCUGGAUGCCUUGCGAGCAGGUAAAGGGGUGUUCUGUGAGAAGCUGCCCAGCCUGAACAGACACAUCGCGGAGUCGUGUUUUGAUGAAGCCAGCCGCUGUGGAAAGCCACUGGUUUGUGGAUUUUUCAAGCGUUUCGACCCAGCCUUGCAGUUUCUGUACAAGAGGGUCCAUGAAAAUGAAACGCUGGGUAGAAUUCAGAGGAUAUCGACUGUCAGCAGAAUGUAUCCCCCUCCCUCAGUGGCAGCGAUCAAAUCCUCAGGUGGGAUAUUCUACAACACAGCGGUGCACGAUAUUGACGUCAUCUGUUGGUUGCUGGGAGAAAGCGCCCCAGAUACCAUCUUUUCGCUCGGACAUGCAUUCUGCAGAGAGAUGGCUGCAGUGAAGGAACCUGACUCGAUCUCUGUCAGCAUGAAGUUCCCUAGCGGGGCCAUCGCCUCUCUGGACACCAGCCAGCACUGCAACAAGAGCUGUGACCAAAGACUGGAAGUCCACGGGACAGAGGGCUCCCUGCAGAUGGACAAUCGCAACCCCCUGGGCAUCUCGGACCACAGCACCUCGGCGGCUCUCUGUCUGCAGGACACUGCAGAGCGCUACAGAGAUGCCUACAGAGAGCUGCUGCGACAUUUCCUCAGGACUCUCAGAGGAAGGGAAAGCCCUUUCUUCACCAAAGAGCAGUACUUGUGGACAAUCCAGGUGGCGGCCGCGGCAGAGCAGUCGUGGAGGAACGGCUCGGCUGUGGACCUGCGCAACGAGGCUCUGGACACCACUAUCAUCAAGACCGAGGUGCAGUGAGGGGCAGCCUGGAGCCACGCAGCCUGGAGCCACGCAGCUUGGAGCAUUUCUGAUACUUGACAGGAGACUUUUUUGGUUUAAAGCAGUUGUCACCGUUCUGUACAGAGUUAAUCAUUUUUCUGUCUUCAUGAGAGACUUAUCCCUCACUCUUUUCAUUCAGACAUUUAUAAAGGACAAGGAAUUUCCAAAUUGCCUUUUUAGGACACAUUCAUUUCAAUGGAAGUCAAGCUGCUGAACUUUUUGUCUUUUUAAAAGGUUCCCCAAAUUAAGGCUUUUUUUCAUCUCUCUUUUUUUUUUUUUUUAAUAAAAUCAGACCAUGCAUUCAUCAGUA